CUCAUAAUUAAUCCUUUUUCUGAAAUUAUAUUCCUUGUCUAAUAAUGAUGCUGCAUGCCAUACAUAUAUAUAUAUAUAUAUACUUUUACAGGUGACAACAAUGGCGCUGAAUGUAGUGGACCUACAGUGCUCAAAAUGCUACAAAAAGAUCAAGAAACUUCUCUGCAAAUUUCCUGAAAUACGAGAUCAGAAGUAUGAUGAGAAGGCAAACAAGGUGACAAUUAAGGUGGUGAGCUGCUCGCCGGAGAAGAUCAGAGACAAGUUAUGCUGCAAGGGUUGUGGAUGCAUCAAGAGCAUCGAGAUCGUAAAGCCAAAGCCGGAUCCGCCUCCGCCUCCGCCUAAGACUCCGGAAACGCAUGUGAAUGUAUCUGUAGAUCUGGAAGUCCUAUGCGUUCUGUGUUGUGGGAGAUCCGUUUCCGACUGCUGGUGCGGUUGUGGAGAAACUCAACCAGGCUGCUCAAUCAUGUAAAUACUAAUUAUAAGACUGUGUUUGGAAUCCAGCCAAGUUAAAUCCAAUAAUAAUAAGUAACUGUUGUUUUA